GUUUCUCUUUCGGUUUUAGAGUUUUGAACCAUUUCCUGGUCCGCAACUUUACUUUAAGUUUUGAGGGUAAUGGCUCAAGCUCAAGUACCUGUUACCAAUACAUGCACUCAUCAUCCAAUGCAAGUGUACCAGUUCUACUGUGAAAAUGACGAUACACUGGCAUGCAGAUUAUGUGUAACUGGCAUACACAGAGGUCACACCUUAUCUGAUCUCAGUGAACAUGCAAAAUCAAAAAGACGGGAGCUAAAAGGUCACCUUCAAAGCAUGAAAGAUGAAUUACAACUGAUUAAAGAUGGAGAAAAGCAAAAUAAUCAACAUCUUGAUGAAAUGGAACAGAAAAGAUCAGUCAUUUCAAAAGCCAUUUCGGAAAAAGCUGAAUAUGUGAGAGAUAAAGUUGAAGAAGCUAAAUGUAAACUAGAGGAAGAAUUCAAGGCAUUACAGAAAAUAGACAAAACUCUUUUGGGUUAUUGUAAACUGAAAGCUGCAACAUGCAGGGAUAAGCUUGAAAAGCAUAUGGAAACUAUAGAGAAGCAGCUAUCUAACAAUGAUACUGAUUUAAUUCAUUGGAUAUCUAAAAAUAGAUUUGAUCCACUUUUAGAUAGGUCGUUCUUAACAGAAAUGGCAUUGGGUAAACCAUCUGAAUAUAGAUUGGAUUCAAUAGAGAUUGAUGAAAAGCGUAUGGCACGAAUGAUUGGUCGUUUCCAAAAUGUCUGUUAUGAAGACCAUGUUUGCUCAGGUGACGAAUUUCAAGGUCAAAUAGAACUGAAUACCUCAAUCGAUUUUAAAAGCAAUUUUCCAAAUUAUCAUCAUGUUGGGACGGUUGUUCCAGUUCAUGGGGAAUUAGCAUGGAUUGGAUUUCAGCGCCCAGGAACUUUACAUUUGGUAACUAAAAAAGGCGCUGACAAGAUGAAAAUUCUUGUUGGUUUUGUUUUCAAAGAUAUGCAGAUCACAAAGUAUGGUGAUAUACUAGUAUCAGAAGAACAAGGUACAAAAGUUUGGAGAUUCACCUUUUGUGGAUGGAAGCAGGAAUUUUAUGAUGCAUCACCAUUUAUAACUAGGUGUAUGUGUGUCACAAGAAAUGGCGAAGUUCUGCUUUGCCUUCAUAGUAAUCGUACUACCAGUAAUGGUAAGAUUGUAAAACUGAGUCCCACUGGUAAUGUUAUGGCUGAAUAUUCAAAGAAUCAAAAUGGAAGAGAAAUGUUUCAAAAACCCGAUAGAAUUAUUCAAAAUGUUAACGAUGAUUUCAUAGUCAUUGAUGGGGAAACUAGAGCAUUACAAGGAUUUGAUCCGGAUUUCACAAAAGUUAAGUUUACCUAUAAUGGAUCUCAAAAUCCAGCAGGACCAAAACCCUUCCAGCCUGAUGGUGUAACAAAUGACAGAAUGGGUCAUUUAUACAUAGCAGAUUACGAAAAUCAUACAAUCCAUGUUCUUCAACCUGAUGGAAGUUUCAUAACCUUUCUCCAAUUCAAGGAACUGGAAAGAAAUUGGCCGAGAAGGGUUGCAGUAGAUUUGAAAAGUUUCUUAUGGAUUGGGGGUAAUAAUGCUAAAUUGUACACAAUUAGUCUACACAGUUUGGGACUACAGAUUUAAGUCUCACUGCUUUUUAAAUCCGUUACAAAAUGUAUAUGUUCUGUCAAUCAGCUGUCAAAAUUCUUGAUCAGAUCAUACAAAAUUUCUACGAAUGUGGAUCAUUCCUUUUUACGUGUUCAAAUCAUUUGAGUGUGAAGUGUGUACAAAAUGUAAGCCUAACCUGUCAUAAAUAAAUGAGUGUGAAUCUUCAUGUCAAUCAAGCCACUUUUGUAAAACAUUAAGUGAUUUUUUUUCGAUUAUGAAUUUACCUGAAAAAAGUUAUCAUGGCUAUUGGGUCUGGCAAGCGAAAUCUGUUUGCUUGAAACAGGGAACAUAAUGUAUUUAAAUUUAUAUUGACAUUAUUAAAUGAUGCAUCACACACUGUCACAUCAUUAAGUAAUGUUGUGUUGUUUUGAAUAACUAAAAAAAAGUUUUCAUUAUACUUUAGUGUUUUAUAAUUUUUAUAAACUUCAUUAUUAUUACAUGUAUUAGUGUUAGAUAUUAGAAAGCAAUGUAUAGUUUUGUUUGUUAUUUUUUAAGUAUUUCUAAACAAAUCAGUUUUUUGUUUGUCCAAAUGGUGUAUGCAUUUUUCUAAUUUAAUAAAACAUAAACUUUUUAAAUAGCAGUUAUAGAUGUCAUAUAUUGUUCAUUAUAGGAUAUUAGUAUAUGAUCUUUGGUCACUCUUUUUCUAGUUUAAUAAAAGAACAGAGUUAUAAUGUCCCCUGUGUUGCGAAUAUUUUAUCCAUCUAAGGUUCAAGAGCAAUAACUAAAAUAAAACAAACUUUUUUUUAUCAAUUUAUACUUAGCUGCGUAGAGAAAUGAAGGCUUCAGAGCAAAGGCAAUGUGAUCUCCAAUAUAAUUAAUAUUUCCAAGGGGCAAAACUUAUUAAAAAUGUUUGAUCAAAACUUUCUUUUGAAAGUCUCGUAGAAAAUCGCUGAUAUGAAUCUAUAAUAUAAGUUUCAUAAAAUUUUGGAAUGAAUUGAACAUAUCUGUCAUGAUUAAACCAAUACUUAAUCAAUGUUGUCUGCUCUUUGGUCAGGUUUUUUUCUCUGACAUAUUCCCUAUUUCUAUUCUCAAUUUUAUUCCUAGAGGUUACUCUUUUUAAAAAUAAUUGAUCAGCACAAAUUUUGAACUCCACAAAGACAGAUAAUAUAAAUCUAUUAUAGGAAUUUCAUAAAUAUCUGGCAAGAAUUGUACACUUUAGAGCACUCAAUCAUAAAACAAUUUACCAUAUAAUUAACAUGUGGCACCCACCAUUGCUCAUUGUAAGUUCAAAUUCUUUGCUAAGUCUCAUUCAGUGAUAUCACAUCCAAGGAAGAGAAGUUGGGAAGUUGGAAUUGUUUUCACUGGAGGCAGUUGUAUUUAAAACCAUUUUAUAUAUGCAUAUCUUAGAUCUUAUUUUAAAGAAAGAAAUAUCAUAUACAGAUCUAAAAUUUGGUAAAGCCGUCAUAAAUAUUUAGGCAUUAAAUUUUUUAUAUUCAUCAAGUAUGGUGUCUUUGUAACAUGGCAUCACAGUUAUAGAAGUUAAAUCAGAGCCUGGCAAUAACAAUUUUAUUAUUAACAAGCUUUCUGUGAGUAUUGCAUGGCAAAACAUAGUUCCCUAAUGGUUAAAAAAAUCAUUGUAAUGGAACCAAAUUCUUACUUAAGAAAAGGAAAAAACUGAAUUGUCAUUCAUCUUAAAAUAAUGUCUUGUACAAAUCUUACAAACAACUGAGUUAUUUCCCUUUAAAACAGAAAUCGAGUACUAAUUAGUAUUUCAUCAAAAUAUUAAUUCUAGGGAAAGUAAAAAAAUAGUUAUUUCCCUUUGAACAGAAAUCUAGUACAUGUAAUUAAUAAGUAUUUCAUAUAAAAUUCUAGGGAAUUCAAAUCGAACUUGACCUGUAACCUGUCAUGAUAAAACAAUUCACCAAAUAUCUAAUCAAUAUAUUCAAGCAUGAAGAAAAAGUCUGGAAAACUGAUUUGCUGGACUGAUUGAUGGACAGAGUGCAAACCAAAAGUCCCCUUCCACUUCCCAUGAAGGGGACUAAAAGUCUCAUUGAACAAAUCUCCCUUUGAAAAUAUUCUCCUGUUUCCUGUUAAUAAAUUCAUUCAUGAUUUUAAUCAUUCGAUUUUUAUUUUAUUACAAAUGUAUUUCAGCUAAAAGUAGAAAUAAUGUAGUCAAUUAGUAAAAAGAUUUGGAACUCAAAAGAAACUCCUAGGGAAUUUACUAAUUUUAGAAGUUUUUGAUUGUUUGUUUGUUAUAUUUUGCAACUUUGCAGAUAAGAUUACCAAAAAAUUAAAAAUAUUUGUCUCCAUUGAAGAUCUUUUUUUACAUAUAUAUAUAUUAUUUUUUACUUUACAACUACACUAAAUAUCAGCACAACAUGAAUGAUUAUCAUAUUAAUUUAAUGUAUACACAUUAUAGUUCUCAAUU